GUCAUCUGCAUUCAGGCCAUAUUUGGGGCUCACGUUUACGAAACUUGAUAAUAUUUUUUAAUUCGACAAGUUUAUCUAAGCCGAGUUGAAAUGUUGGCCCCGUGCGUAGAAAAACCGGGUAUUUAGGUCUUAUCAGACGACCAUAUGGAUUCUAGUAUCCCCUUUAACGAAUUAUGUUAAAGAUAUUUGUUUAUUUUUAACAUGGAUAAAACCGCCAUUGGAACAUCAUUUAUAUCGCAGUCAUAUUAGCCAAUUGGCAAUUUAAGGUUGACACGUUGAAGAAAACAAUGCUGAUAAAAUUGCAUGGGUGCCGUAUGUCCCUCCGGUCCACUGGUACGUUGGCUGGGCUUAUAUGCGCAUUGCUGGUCCUUCUGUACUCGUUGGAUACGGCGACAUCCGGCCAAUAUAUCAGGAUUGCAUUUGGAGGUGUAAAAGAGACAGGGUUCUCUCGCCCAGUGGAAGAAUACAUCAGUUAUCUUUUGAAGACCGACCCAAGAACUGCAGAGUUUGUGGAUACAUCUGAAGCCGACGCUCUUUUCAACAAGGUCCGAAUUCUGUGCCUCAUUCUCACUACGGAAACGAACCUCCAUACACGCGCACGCGCAGUUAACGCCACUUGGGCACGACGUUGCAAUAGCCACUACUUCGUUCUACAGACACGCGACGAAAAGGAUGACGUAAUCAUGACGCCGUACAAAGAAACAAGAAACAAUCUCAUUUACAAAGUUCGUCACGCGAUGAUCCACGCAUACACGAAUCUCAUGGGCACAUUUGAUUGGGUGUUAAAGGCCGACGACGAUACCUACGUCAUAAUGGAGAAUCUCCGCUUUUUGUUGAGUAAUUAUGAAAAAGACAAACCCGGUUACCUAGGAUACCAUUUCAACAUGUACGUUGAAAACCACGGCUACAUGAGUGGCGGAGCUGGGUACGUCAUGAGUGUCGCUGCCUUACGGCAGAUGGUCGAUUAUAAUUUGAAAAAUGACGCAUGCGCACUGACUAAAACGUAUCUAAUACCGGAAGUGAGCGAAGACUUUGAAAUUGGAAAGUGUUUAAAAAUUGUCGGAGUACCAGUUUUAACUACUAUGGACUUUUUGGGAAGAGAGACUUUUCAUCCAUACCCGUUUGAACAAUAUUUACUUGACUUUUUGCCGGAAUAUUUAUAUGAUUGGUCAAAUACUCGUCCACAAACGGGAUACAACUGCUGCAGUCCUUUCUCCAUCAGUUUUCAUUACAUGAAGCCGGAAUCCAUGCUUAUGAUGGACCAUUUGCUGUAUCGAAUCCAUGUACACGGUCGCAAUACCGCAGGGAACCAGGCCGACAAAUCUAUUUUUAGACCGGGGCGCGUGGAAAACAUGCGCAAACCGAAGGAUGUCAUUGACCGACUUGUAUGAACAAUAACUUCCAGACUAUCGGCAAAAAUCGUUUAGAGACAAGACGCUUUUAUACGUUCGGGGGUUCAUGGUUUUCGGACAUCAAUUGACCUCGUCACUGGUGUACAUUUGAAUGAAAAGACACAAAUUUGCCGAUGCUGCACGGUGUGCCGAGUAUUCUCGGACUACUUAAUCAGAGGGGCUAAUCACGUGACAAACAAGUUGGCGACGUCCAUGCCGAGGCAGGUAUUUUUCGUCGUUUUAUACCCUGUAUUACUUGUAUUAUUAUUUUUUAUUCCGCUCACUUUCCAGCCAUAUUAGAAAGCAAGUUUCUUUGUAAGUAAUAUUCGCUCUAUAUCUCGACUUUACUCGGUGCAAAAUUUCUUAGAGUGAUGACCUAAUUAGGGGUCCACUAAUGAAAUUUGCACCGACUAAAGUCGAGAUAUAAAGCGAAUUUAAAAACGAGGUAAAAGCUGAUCACCUUGUUACUGCUAUGGCUGAAAAGUGAGCGUCAUUUAAAAUAAAUAAACAGAAGUAAUAAAGGGUAUAAAAAGGUAAAAAUAACUGUCUCGGUAUGGAAGUCACCAUCUUUAAUAUCACGUGAUUACCCCCUCUGUUACUGAUCGAGCAAUACAUGAGAACGUGCGCUGUACAUGUACGUAUAUGCUAUGAACGUAUCCGUCACCUGUAUUAGACGAUUGUUUCAACCCCGUGCUUUAUGUUAAGAAAGUUUGAGCGUUCGCAUACAACACUUAAGAUAUAAUGUGUGUACCGGCAUUAUAUGUAGAUGUCGGUAUUCGCGGAGGUCAAUCCAUAUAAGCGUGCUGCUAAGAUAUUGGACACCGUAUACAUAAAGUUGUAAACAUGUUCUACAAAAUUAAGAUAAUGACACUGUGUUUUAUGGCCAAUACAUGUCUGCAAUAGCAUUCAAUCCAAUGCUCAAACCCAUUGAGCGGAUAAUUAAUCAUUAAAGAGUGUAGAAAUCGAGAAUGCUUAGUACAGUUAUGAUAUUAGUCAUGCUCAAUAUAUCGUUGUCGACAUAGGUACACCUUAAAAAUAACGAGGGUACUGUUAAGUACACUAAACUGUGCCCCUGGUACGAACAAUACGCUUAAAGGCAUUCCGUCAUACACAGUGGUACUUUUAAGUAUAUUUUCCGUAACCUGGUACUUAAUACAACCGGUACAUAUUUUUAUACUUAGGGUACUUUUAAAGAAUGCCUUAGACAACAAUUAGAAAAUGCAGACGUGAUACAUGGUGCACACAUUGUUACUAAGUGUCGUAUUUGGAAUGUGCGUUUACAGGGUACAGAGUGCGUUUCUUGUUCGUCACUCACGAUUAAAUGCAAGUACUUUUUAUUUAACUAUAAAAAGACGUCGUCAUGUUUUGUUUGUUGACGGCGUUUAUACUUCUAGAAUGCAAUGACAUUGGCAAGAUCUCAGAACAUUCGUAUGGAAUAAAACGUUGUUAUCUUAGCAUGAAAACCUUAUCAUCAAAAUUGUCAUGUGAACCAAAGUUUGGUUCAUGUUUUAGUAAUUGAAUAUUAGAUCAGUGCUUUUGUCUUCUUAUUUGCAUAUCAAAACCUACCAAAGAUACUUUGACAAGUUAAUAGUUUUUGCAUGUGAAUGACUGAUAUUAUAUUCUUAAUAGCAAUAUAUGCAUAUUAACAUGAAAAAGAUAUUCAGUGUCUGUAACAUGGUUAUUAUAAUGCAGACAGAUUGAAUACAAAUAGCUCAAUAUACUCAAAACACCUAAUAAACAUGCACGUUCCUUAAAUAAAAUUGACAUUAGUGUUCAA